AUGUAUUCGUCUACUGGAGUGCCUUCAUUUGACGAUGAGGAUGAAGAGCGAGGAAAUCAAGCUGGUGGAGAUGCACAGUAUGACCCUCAGGAUUACUGUACUGUGUAUAGGGGUGACCAUGGGAGAUAUGUUAGUAGUAGUGACCCAGCUCAAGCUUCUACCAGCACGUCAGAGUCAUGGAUGGUGCAGGAGCCUAUGCCAGGUGGGCCUGAGGAUGGUACUGUUAUUCCUAGUUUUGGGGGUCACGUGGCUGCCUACAUAUGGGGUGGGCAGGAGCGAAAUGUUCUGCGGUGUUUGAGUAGGACACAGUUGUGUACUGAAUUGGGUAACUGGCGCGCUCGUCUUCCGCAGGAGCACUUGGAACUGAUUGAUGGCAGUGGGCUUCGUGUUGAUGGUUCCAUGGUUUCCACUACUCCUAGCACGGACGUUUUACGGGACGCGUGCUCGAUUACCUUGGAUAUGACUGCGGAAGAGCUGAAUGAGAAGUGCGGUACUAAAACCGUAUGGCAGGGUAGUGGGGUGCUGACUGAGAGGAUAAUGGAGUCGACCUUGGAGGCGCAAAGGCCCUUCAGUUUCCAUUAUAGGGCGUACCUGUGGUUAGUACUUGGCGGAUGUUUGUUUCUGGACAAGAGUGGAAACCGUACUCAUCCUUCCUUCCUCAACGAGCUUUUUGUUGAGGAUGUUCAGAUUAGUGACUACUCUUGGGGUUCUGCUGUGCUUGCAUACAUGUACCGGCAAUUGGUUACAGCAUCACGAAAAGAUGCUGAUUCUAUCGCGGGCUGUCUUACGCUUCUGCAGGCGUGGAUCUACGAGUACUUUCCGUGUUUUCGACCUCAGCAAGGGACCUUGACCAGAGAGCUUACUGUUCCUCGUGCGUCCGCCUGGGAUGUCGGGUCGGGGUGCCCCAACAAGAGCAUGGAGCGCCUCCUCGCUUUUCGUACUAGGUUGGAUCAUCUGACUGACAAUGAAGUUAACUGGCUACCGUACGGAGUUGAUCCAGCACGACGCGUGCCUGCUACUCUUUUCAUUGGCUGCAUCCAGUAUCGUAGCAUCAUUGAGCCAUAUAUGCCUGAUCGAGUGGUUCGACAACUUGGAUACGUCUAG